AUGUCGACUGACAUUGCAGAUGGAGAGUACGAGAUCAGGCUACCGGACAGCUUAGUGGCCCAGUGGCGAGGAGCCAGUGGAGCGAGAGCUGAUCCGAAUAGCGAGCUGUUGAGUCUCAGCUGCGGACAAGUCGUGGAGAGGCCAGACGAUGAGUCGCAGACGUGCGAGCUGAAGCGGCACGAGAACAGUACGUUCGAGCUCAAGACACGGAACAAGGACGGAGACGAGCUCACGUAUUCGGGCUCAGUGACACAGCCCAAGGACACAGAGUGCAUGCUUGUGUACAACGAGAAGCUGCGCACCUUUGAGCUGAGGCUGCUGAGCACACAGCUGAGGGCGUCGGAGCACUUCAAGAUCAGGCCAAAGCGCAUUGAGAAGGCUGCUCCAAGGAGAAAGAAGCCAGAGACGUCGAUCUUUGCGCCGAAGACGCGUCCUAUGAGCCCACUCACCGUGUCGUCGGGAGUGAAGAGGUCUGCUUCCUCGACACCGGUGAACAUGCUACCAGAUGACGAGGUGCCACUGGCCUUGACAUCGCCAAAGAAGAACGUCAAGUCCAGGCCUUUGGCACCUUCACCAUUGACAGCUUCGACGUCGUCCACGUCCCCUUCCAGGAAGGUUGUGUCGUCUGCGUCUGCCAAGGGUACCAAUGUGAAGGCCAAAUCAACGUUGAGAUCGAGAUCAACUACGCCGACAACGUCAAAAUUGGGCACACCUUCUCUUAUGGUUGACUCGCCAGCGAUGAGGCCUCCGUCCCCACAGGCUGAAGGCCAGCGAGCCGUCAGACCACAGGUUGCGUCCAAGAAACCUCCUUCAGCAACGGCAAUGACACCCACUGUGACCCAGGUGGAGAGGAUGUCGGACGAAGACGAAGAUGACUUCGAUGCCCUUGUUGACGAGCUAGAGGGCGAGCUACAAAGCGACGACAUGAUAAUAGAGGAUGCACAGCCUUCUACAACGCCGUCAGUACCCAAUAACUUUGACUUUGAUUACAACGGUAAGCGUCCGAUGAGCUUUAGGGACUUGGCUGGCAUGGGCAAAAACGAUGAUGAAGACGAAUUGUCAAGCAGCAGCGAAGAAGAGUAA